AUGAUUAGCAAAGAGGAAUUUGCUCAACUUCAUGAGAAAUUUUUGCAGCAAACCAAAGAGAAAGAGGCUCUUGCCAAGAAAGUUGAAGAACUUCAAGCCGAUGUCGACAAAUUACCAGCGUUAAAGCAAAAGCUAGCUGAUCUACAACAAGAGGUGCAAAAAGAAGAUUUGAACCAUAUGAAUGAACUCAGAUCUACACAAGAUUUAUUAAAGCAGACACAAUCAGAAUUAAAUCUUGCCAAGAAUGGAGGACCAGAAUCUAAAAAGAACAAGAAACUCGAACAGCAAUUAGAAUCAUUAGUAGACAAAGGAAAGAAACUUGACGAGCAAAUUCAGGAACUAAAUAAACAAGAUCUCGAAAACAACGACCAAGAAAACCCUACAGAUCAAGAGAUAGCCCAGCUUACUGAGCAGCUCGAUAAGCUUAAUGGCAUCCAAGAAAGACUUGGAAAUUCAAAAGAUAUAAUGAUGGCUCUAAAUGAUCUCGAAUCUAAGAGGAAUGAACUACUAAGCGAAGUUUCUGAACUCGAGAAACAGAUGCCAGAGAUUGAUUCAAGGCUUGCAAACUCAGAAAAUGAAAAAGUCAGUAAAAUGUCAGAACUUAGACGAAUUACAGCAGAAAUUGAUGCUGUUACAAUGAGUGUUAGCAAAGCAGAAGCAGAACACGCCGAAUGUUAUAAGAAACUCAAUAAAAUUUCGAUUGAAUUACAACAAAUCAACGAUUCUCUGAAGACAGAGAAAGAAAAGACUGCUGGCAUUCAGAAAGAAUACAACGAGAAAAUGCAAGAAGCGAAAGAGAACGAAAAAGCAAUACAAGCCGAAAUUGACGAAUAUAAGAAAAAGAUUGUUGAUUUUCCGAAGUACAAGAAGCAAGAAAUUACUCAUCUCGAGACCAAAGUUGCUAAAAGCAAGCAGAUGACCGAACAACUCGAAGGAAAAAGGAAAGAACUUCGAAAUCAGAUUCAACAAAAAAUUCUUUCGUCAGACAUCGUUGUUAACCUUACAAACACCAUGGAGAAGGAAUGGUACAGUCAUCAGAGCUUUGUUGACGAAGCAGAGAAGCUAAAACAGCAGCUGGACCGUGCAAAAGAAGAUUUGAGAAGAAAAAGAUUGGCCUCGGAAGAAAUCGAACGAUUAUUCCCUAAAAACGCCAAACCAUUCAAAUUUACUGGAAUGGCAGAACUCGAACAUCUUUACGAAGUCACUUUGGCGCAAAAUAAACAGCUUGGCCAAACUCUCGCGUCUUUGAAGGAUGAUUACGAGAUCCACAAGAGCGAUAACAAGUUGUUGAGAGAUUUCCUUGAAAAUGGAACUGCUUAG